CCAAGUAAAGAAAAAAAAAGUCAGCAAAAACCCCAUUUCAUAUACCCCAGCCGCAUGUUCGAAUCAAAAACCCUAUUUUAUCAAAAACAUUUGCACAAAUCCAUUUUGUCGGAUCAAAAGAAUGUCGGAACGAAAAUUGCAUGUUCAAUUUCCAAGUGAGUUAAUUACAGAAAUCUUAACCCGAUUACCAGUGAAAUCAAUUUGUCGACUCAAAUGCGUUUCGAAAACCUGGAAUUCCAAAAUCUGCAACUCCAAAUUUAUUAACUCCUACAUUUCUCGUAAUUCAUCUUCAUCUACUUCUUCAUGGGUGAUCGUCGACCGAAUCGUCACCGAAUCAGAAGAAGUGGUAACUCAUUUCAACCCAGCUGAAAACCCUAAUGUGUGUUUACUCUCUGUAAAUGUUCAUCGUUUAAUUUAUGAACCAAUUACUUCUGACUGGAUUUCUGCAAAAUCCCCACCAGUAAUUUUAUCCUCCAGUAAUGGUUUGCUUCUAGUUAAUCUCGGUGUCGAGAGAGAUCCAUACAAAGAGCAUGAGAAAAACCCUAGUUAUUUCUCUCAGCGUAGAACUGAAGAGGUUUUGUUUGUGAUCAACCCAAUUACCGGUGAGUGGGUCCCACUUCCUAAACCCAGGAAACUGAUAAAUAAGCUGAAUUCUGUUGGGUUUAUAUCUAGGCUUGAUGAUUCAUGUGGGGGGGUCGUGGAGAAGUUUCUGGUUGUGGAGUAUCGGCCUCUCAUCGGGAGUGAUUCGGCUACUUUGCUGUGUUUUUCCUCUGAUACGGGGAAAUGA